GGCGUUGCGGCCGGCGUGCCAGGGUGACCGGUAGCGCUGUGUUCGAGGUGGCUGGGCGGGCGGAAAGAGCAGGGAGGAGGCUGUGGUGCAGGAUGGCGGCAACAACCUACGAGCGGCUGAAGCUGCAUAUCACACCUGAAAAAUUUUAUGUGGAAGCUUGUGAUGAUGGAGCAGAUGAUGUACUUAUCAUCGACCGUGUGUCCACAGAAGUUACACUCUCAGUCAAGAAAGAUAUUCCUCCUUCAGCUGUCACAAGACCAAUAUUUGGUAUACUGGGCACAAUUCAUCUGGUGGCAGGUAAUUAUCUAAUUGUCAUUACCAAAAAGAAAAAAAUAGGUGAAUUUUUCAAUCAUGUAAUCUGGAAAGCAAUAGAUUUUGAUGUCCUUUCUUAUAAGAAGACAAUGUUGCACUUAACUGAUAUUCAGUUACAAGAUAACAAAACUUUCCUAGCAAUGAUAAACCACGUCUUGAGUGUGGAUGGGUUUUACUUUUCAACGACAUAUGAUUUGACCCAUACUUUGCAGCGGCUGUCUAACACUAGUCCAGAAUUCCAGGAAAUGAGUCUCUUGGAAAGGGCAGACCAGCGGUUUGUAUGGAAUGGUCAUCUUCUAAGAGAACUUUCUGCUCAGCCAGAGGUCCAUCGGUUUGCUCUUCCGGUAUUAUAUGGCUUUAUUACUAUGCACUCAUGUUCUAUUAAUGGAAAAUACUUUGAUUGGAUUCUCAUCUCAAGGAGGAGUUGUUUCAGAGCUGGUGUCCGCUAUUAUGUAAGAGGAAUUGAUUCUGAAGGCCAUGCAGCUAACUUUGUAGAAACAGAACAAAUUGUGCACUACAAUGGGAGCAGAGCUUCAUUUGUACAGACUCGAGGAUCAAUACCACUUUACUGGUCUCAAAGACCAAAUCUCAAGUACAAACCACUGCCACUGAUCAACAAAGUAGCAAAUCAUAUGGAUGGUUUCCAAAGGCAUUUUGAUUCACAAAUAAUUAUUUAUGGAAAACAAGUCAUAAUCAAUCUGGUUAAUCAGAAGGGCUCAGAGAAGCCACUUGAACAGGCGUUUGCAACAAUGGUGUCUUCCUUGGCAAAUGGAAUGAUCAGAUAUAUUGCCUUUGACUUCCAUAAAGAAUGUAAAAAUAUGAGAUGGGAUCGACUAAGUAUUUUAUUGGAUCAAGUAGCAGAAAUGCAAGAUGAAUUAAGUUAUUUUCUAGUGGACUCUGACGGCAAGGUGGUGACUAACCAGGAAGGCGUGUUCCGCAGCAAUUGCAUGGAUUGUCUGGACAGAACUAAUGUGAUCCAGAGUCUGUUAGCUCGUCGUUCGCUUCAGGCCCAGCUUCAGAGACUAGGAGUUUUGCAUGUGGGACAAAAGCUUGAAGAACAAGAUGAAUUUGAGAAGAUUUACAAAAACGCCUGGGCUGACAAUGCAAAUGCUUGUGCCAAACAGUAUGCGGGAACUGGUGCCUUGAAGACUGACUUUACCAGAACUGGGAAGAGAACUCAGUUGGGACUUAUAAUGGAUGGCUGGAACUCACUAAUACGGUAUUACAAGAACAACUUUUCUGAUGGAUUUAGACAAGAUUCCAUAGACUUAUUUCUUGGGAACUAUUCAGUGGAUGAAUUAGAAUCUCAUAGUCCUUUAAGUGUUCCAAGGGAUUUGAAAUUCCUGGCUUUGCCUAUUAUCAUGGUUGUCGCCUUUUCCAUGUGCAUUAUCUGUUUGCUUAUGGCUGGUGACACCUGGACAGAAACACUGGCAUAUGUGCUCUUCUGGGGAGUUGCAAGCAUUGGAACAUUUUUUAUUAUUCUUUACAAUGGCAAAGAUUUUGUUGAUGCUCCCAGAUUGGUCCAGAAAGAAAAGAUAGACUGAAUUUGUGUCUGUGGAAAGCGGCUUGGCUUGGAAGAUUCCAUUAUGCAGAACUGGAGUCUUUACUGACCCGCUUUCCACGUCAGCCCAAGGUCUUUUUAAAUCCUUUAUCCAAAAGCACAUCUUGCGCUUUGUGUGGGGGUGAUGACUUAGAAUUGAUCUGAUGUUACUGCCUUGAUGAUCUCUUUACUAUUGGGAUGGUUAUAUUUAUAAUUUGAAGCUAUUCUAUAAUUAAAAUGUAACCUCAAUUCAGUUCACGGAAUGGAAGGAAUCUAUUCAUUGUCAAUUUAAUCAGCUGUUGCAGAAUAAGUAAUAUAUUUUAAAGAAAUCUAGCUUCUUUCCUUAUUUAAAACAGUGAAAUUAUUUUUCUAGCUCAGUUUAUUGUCACUGUAGAAGCAGUUGCUGUUAGCAAGCAUACUUUUCCAUACAUCUUUGGACUUUUCUUUAGUUUAAUAAUAAGCUAACUACUCUGUUUAUAAAAUGUCUUUUACAUAUAUCAAGUAGUUGGACAAAAUAGUCUGUGACUACAUGGUAGGAAAGAGGAGACCAGGGUCUGGUGUUCCUUUGGAGCUUCAGUUGGGCUGCCUUAUGAGUUCAGUCAGCUUGAGCUGUGCAGUUUAAGUGUGAUGAAAAAGGUUCAGGUGUAUUUUACCUUUUUUAAAAGGUGUAAAUGAAAUCAAAGAAUGUGAAGUCUCUCUCUUAUGCUAGAGGUCCAAAGCCUCCUCCGUUUUCAGGAUUGCCCCAGUGUGGAAAAUACCCUUGGUUGGUCAGCUCCUUCCUUCUGGACCUUUCGGUUUCUUGGGGGUCUUUCAUGGAGACAUGCAGGCCUCUGAGCGGGUAUUGUGCUGAAUCCGAUGUUGCACUUGGAGGCAGUAGCUGCUUUUCUACGCACGGUAGUGUCGACGCUUUUCCCUCUUUAAGGGUUUUUGUUAGCUGUCAGUAAGUCUAAAAUUUAGUGCUUCCAGGUAAUUACAGCUCUCCAAAUCAAGGACCAACUUAAACUUUAAUUUAUGUGCAGAAAUAAAUCUGGAAAAUACACUCUAGAAGCUGUGCAUAGUUCUAAUUAUAAUUCAGACUGUAUAUUCAAAUUGUAAUUAUGAGGUUUAAAAAUUAGAAAAGUAUGUAAGGAAGUAUAAUUGCCACUAUUUUAAAAUAGUUCAAUUAAAUACUGCUACAAUAUUUGUGUUGUGCUUGAAAAUAUGUACAGUUUUUUCAAUGCUAAUACCUUUUCCUGUCCUUAAAUAUCUCUAAAGAGCACCUUGAUUUUAACAUUACCUUUUUUCCAACAUUAUCUUUUAUAAACAUUAAUAAGAGUUGUUGCUUUUAGAAACUCUAAAGGAAAUAAUAGCUGGAAAACCCUCUGUAGCUUAAAGUCAGUCAUUAAAACUCACAAUAGGGUAAGUAAUUAGAACUACCUACUCUUAACUUGUAAAUAAGCAUAAUUCGUUCCAAAGAGGAAAUAUCGAAACUUAGUUCAUGUCUACUGUAUUGUAUUACUCUGAUGCUACUGGGUAUUUCACAUUAAGAACUUAUUUCAACGACCACAACAAAGACCAAAUCUGAACUGCUGAUGUGGCUGUUUUUCAGUGAAUGGGCUAAUGUUGGUGUGUUAGAUCUUAAGGUAUCAAUAUUUCAGAACCCUGCAAUGAUUAUAUUUCUAAAUUCAUGUACUGUCCAUCCAUAAGUGAAAAUAAAAUGUCAUAUUCUUUUCUAACUAAUGUUGGUGUCAUUCCUAUACCUUGUCUUACAAAGGGAUGUUCUUUUUUAUAAAAAUCAUGCAAAGCAAUGUGUGGUCAUUAUAGACGAAUUAGACCAUAUAAGUAAGCAAGAAAAUGAGUAGCUUCUGAAAUUCUACUUUCCAGUUAUGGCCACUUGAAAAAUUGUGUUUAUCCUUAUAAUUAUUUUUCAGUUACAGACAUUCCAGGGGAAUAUUUAGUAAAGUAUAGUGUUCAUUAAAAGAUGUCCCCUGUAUUCCCACCUCCAAAUUGUAAUUUCUUUUUCAAAAUGAUAGAGGCUGUCAACCAAGAAGUGGGACAAUAUGCUUAUUAGAAAACGUCCUCCCAGGCCACAGGAAGGUGUCAGGGAGCACGAGGGAAAUGCUGAUGUAGACACUUCGGUGCCUAGGAGACCCUUGCACGUGUGUGUGUGGUGUGUGAAGGGGUGUUUUGGGGGGAAGUGGCUUAAACAAAGGUUUGGGGGUUUUUCCUCCAACUUGCCUAAGAGUCCUGAUGUCAGAAGUUUUCCUACUACAGAUAAAUUACGAUAAAUCUUUAAAGUAUUAUGUUCUUUGGCACAUGGACCUCUCCACCUUGGCAGUUUGGUUCACCAAAGCCAGCAAGAUGGAAGUCACAGUCUUUUUUAACCUAAUCUCAGAAGUGUCAUCCCAUCACUUGUGCCAUAUUCUAUGCAUUAGAAACAAGCCCCUAGGUCAGCUCUCUCGGGGAGGGGAUUACACAGGGCAUGAAUACCGGGAGGUGGGGCUCUCUGGAAGUCUGUUCCCACAGCCUGUAAGGAGAGAAAAAUCCAAAGUCUUGAUUCAGAGCUGGUGCUGGAGGGAAUCGGGUGUUUCCUGUGCUGUGCCUUUGAGGUCUUUUGCCUGUUUCUGUUAGAUUGCUUGUCCUUAAAGAUUUCUGAAAUUCUUUAUAUUCUGGAGAGUAAUUCUUUGUUGCUUAUAUAUACUACAUAUAUCUUCUAGUUUGUGGCUUGUCUUUUCAUUUUCUUGUGGUUACUUUUGGUGAAAGAAGUGUAUAAUUUCAAUGGUGUUGAAUUUACCAAAAAUUUCCUACCAUCCCUUGUGCCUGGGUAAGACAACAUUGCUCAACUCCAAGGGACUUCUUUUCACAUAAUUUUGCUUUUUCACUUCAGGUCUUUUCUCCAUUCUAUAAAGUAAGGAAAUGGUCUGUGUCAAUCCAGGUAGAUCAGAUUAUGCUGCGGUAACAAAUGAUCCCCAAAUCUCAGUGGCUUUAAAAAAAAUGAAGACUUA